CUCACUUCCGAGAGGAUACCCCUAAUACCAUAUAAUAAUAUUCAUCGUCAAAAUCGGGCUCGCCAAACCCCAGAGAGGCACGGAGAACAGAGAAGGGGUCUCCGAAGGGAGACUUCCAAGGACGGAGAAGGGAAAAAGUGCUCAGCCUGAAACACUUCUUCCCAACCUUUUGAUAUCUCUGACUGGCUCUCAUUAGUCUUUCCCCUUUGAUUUUCUUUGGUAAGAAAAAAAAAAUUCUCACGGAGGCCAGGAUCCGAUGACCACACAAGGGCAGGUCGGGAUUGACCAUGCUGUGCUCGAUGAUAUAAUCAGACGGCUUACAGAAGUCCGAUUAGCGAGACCCGGCAAACAGGUUCAGCUCUCUGAGACCGAGAUCAGGCAGCUAUGUCUUGCUUCUAAAGAUAUCUUUGUCCAGCAGCCCAAUUUGCUCGAACUCGAGGCCCCCAUCAAGAUUUGUGGUGAUAUUCAUGGACAGUACAGUGAUUUAUUAAGGCUUUUUGAGUAUGGGGGUUUUCCUCCUAGCUCUAACUACCUAUUCUUAGGAGACUAUGUUGAUCGUGGGAAGCAGAGCUUAGAAACCAUCUGCCUUUUACUUGCAUAUAAAAUCAAAUAUCCGGAGAACUUUUUCCUUUUAAGAGGAAAUCAUGAAUGUGCUUCCAUUAAUAGGAUAUAUGGGUUUUAUGAUGAAUGUAAGAGACGGUUCAAUGUGAGGCUUUGGAAGUCUUUUACAGACUGUUUUAACUGCCUUCCCGUGGCAGCCCUUAUAGAUGACAAAAUAUUGUGCAUGCAUGGUGGCCUUUCCCCAGACCUAACAAGCUUGGAUCAAAUUAGAAAUCUAUCUCGUCCAACUGUUGUCCCUGAUACAGGAUUGCUCUGUGAUUUGCUUUGGUCAGAUCCUGGUAGAGAUGUGAAAGGAUGGGGUAUGAAUGACCGAGGAGUUUCAUACACCUUUGGCCCGGAUAAGGUGGCUGAAUUUUUGACAAAGCAUGACUUGGACCUGAUCUGUCGUGCACAUCAGGUUGUUGAGGAUGGAUAUGAAUUCUUUGCUGACAGGCAACUUGUUACAAUUUUUUCAGCUCCUAACUACUGUGGUGAAUUUGACAAUGCUGGUGCCAUGAUGAGCGUGGAUGAAAACUUGAUGUGCUCUUUCCAGAUUCUUAAGCCUGCAGAGAGAAAAACAAAGUUCAUGAUGUCAAACAAAAUGUGAUGAUUUCAUUACCUAUAUGUUGGGGAAAGGUCAGAUUCAAAUGUAGAUGGCCUGAUCUCAAGUCCUAUUCUAUUUUGAGGAGAUGCCAAGCUAGCUUUAUGCUUAUUAUAUAGUCGGGCGGUGGUCGUUACGUACUAGUUGUAGGAUACGCCUUGCAGGAUGGCCCUAAAGCUAAGAAUUGAAGCUCCAUUGUUUCUUAUAUUCCUGGAUCGUAACUAUUUUAUGGCUUGAUAUGUACAUAGAUGUGGUGUAGAUGGGAUGAGAAUGACCUCUUCGCUGGAAGGUCCCCUGAAUAGUAGACUGGCUUCAACUUACACCAAUGGGACAGUGUGUUAAUGAUUCUAGCGAAUUGUGUUAAAAUUGUCGUUCCUCUUUGUUCUGAUUAUAUAUUGGGUUGCAACUCUCGAGAACUUGAUCUUCGCAUUUACCAUCACUGUUACUUCUAUUAGCGGAUGGCCCCCUGUUACUUUGCUUGCUUGGAUGUGAGGGGUUUUCAGUUUCAGUUCGCCUGAAGCCGACCAUGUCAGGAGACAUAACCAAGAGGAUGUUAGUCAGCUUUACCCUGCGUUUGUGUUGCAUGACAUUUGAGAUAAAUCAUUACUAAUUUAUGCUCUAUAAAUAGUGUGGUUUGUUAUAAAUAAUAGAAUGGUUGAUGGUUGAUGUUGAUGUUGAUAAAGUAUUUACCGUAUUUUGAAAGAACAAAAUGGAAUAUUGUCUGGUUGCCAA